GUCGUGUUGCAUCUAUUGAAUAUAUAGGCAAUCUCCGUAUUUCAUUUGUACGAGUAGACGUCUCUAAAGGGUAGAUCAAAGCCUCAGUUAUGGAAGUACUUUGUAUUCUUGCUUUCAUUUUGGCAAAGCUAAGCGAAAAUGCCGUACAGACGCUGUAUUCGGAGGAACCUCCGCCGACUGUAUAUAGGUCCCUUGCUGCAAUACAAGCGCCAAGACUCACCUGUCACUACUUAUACCUCCAAGGUUGGAGAAUAGGGCUUCGUAAUUUUGAAGAUGGCACGCCUUGUUGGUACUCACGUUGGUAUUCAAGAGUUGGAUACUGUUUCCGAGGUAGAUGUACAAUAAAAGCUGAACCACUUGAAAUACCAUGCGAUGGCGUUCGCCGAAGCCCCGGUUACGCUACGUCGUGUUAUUACAGAUGCACAAAGGGUUUUCAAACACUGAACAUGCCUUACAAUAACAGGACGCCUUGUUUGUUGAUAGGCCAGAGUGGACGCCCCGCUGGAGGUGCUGGCAUCUGCAUGAGUGGAAUGUGCAAACCCUCCUAUGAUCUCUCUCCUGAAGAGGUCAAACUAGCGCAUCCACCAGCGCUUGUUCGAUGCCCAGAGAGGGAGCACACAGGGAGAGGAAUUCUAACAAGUUGCUACUACUAUUGUAGGAGGAAUGGUGAUUGGUACUCUGGGUAUUUUGACAGCAAGCCCACAAGUGGAUGCAUGAUGCAGCAUCCAGCAAGGGGACAACCACUAGGUUGGUGCUGCCGAGGUUCCUGCUCACGGAAAUACAAUUGUGCGCAACUGUGACGCUAGUAGUAAAAGUUUCAGCUCUUAAACUUCAGCUUAAACUUUGGAAGCCGGAAGGAACUUAUUAUGUAAACGAAGAAUAAAAGACGUUUU